GGCCUGCAUCGGCGCCGCGAGCCUCGGGGUCACGUGACGGGGCGGGGCCUCUCGGGCUGUGACGUCACCCCGAGGGUCGCGGGACGCGUCGGGCGUUGAGGCGAAGGUGCCGUCCCCUCCCUUCCCAAUGGAGCCCUCAACGGACCCCACUCCAGAUUGUGGCUUCCACGGCUCCUGCAUCCUGUUGGCACUCGGGACCCUGGCGGCCGCCCUGCUUGGAGCUGCCCACAGGCUGGGUUUGAUCUACCAGCUCAGACACAAGGUGGAUCAGUCCAGCCCACGGCAUGGUGGGGAGAGCGUGGCGGCGGUUCUGCGGGCCCACGGUGUGCGCUUCCUCUUCACCCUGGUUGGCGGGCACAUCUCCCCUUUGCUGGUGGCUGCCGAAAAGCUGGGCAUCCGCGUGGUAGACACCCGUCAUGAGGCCACCGCUGUCUUCGCUGCUGAUGCUGUAGCCCGGCUCUCAGGGACCGUGGGGGUUGCAGCGGUGACGGCGGGGCCCGGGCUCACCAAUACGGUGACGGCAGUGAAGAAUGCCCAGAUGGCCCAGUCCCCAGUGCUGCUUCUGGGGGGCGCGGCUGCCACACUGCUGCAGGGUCGGGGAGCUCUCCAGGGCAUCGACCAGCUCGCUCUCUUUCGGCCGCUCUGCAAGUUCUGUGCCUCUGUGCGUCGGGUCCGGGACAUCAUCCCCACCCUGCGGGCUGCCCUCGCCGCUGCCCAGUCUGGCACUCCCGGCCCCGUGUUUGUGGAGCUCCCUAUUGAUGUGCUGUACCCCUACUUCAUGGUGAAGAAGGAAGUGAUGCCUACUCACCCUCCCAAGAACCUCAUGGGCCAGCUUGUCUCCUGGUACCUGAAAAAUCACCUGACCAACCUGUUUGCAGGGGCCUGGGAGCCCCAGCCCGAAGGACCCCUCCCGCUGAACAUCCCUCAAGCCUCUACCCAGCAGGUGCAGCGCUGUGUGGAACUUGUUAGUCGGGCCAAGAAGCCGCUCCUGCUGCUGGGGAGCCAGGCCCUGCUGCCCCCCACCCCAUCUGAGAGUCUCCGGGCGGCAGUGGAGUCCUUGGGGAUCCCCUGCUUCCUGGGUGGAAUGGCCCGAGGGCUGUUGGGCCGGGACCAUCCCCUGCACAUCAGGCAGAAUCGCCGUGAAGCCCUGAAGGAAGCCGACGUGGUCAUUUUGGCUGGCACUGUGUGUGACUUCCGCCUGUCCUAUGGCCGUGUCCUGAACCGCGGCAGUAGCAUCAUUGCUGUCAACCGGGACCGCGCUCAGCUGCUGCUCAACUCCGAUCUCUUCUGGAAGCCCCGUGAGGCCAUCCAGGGGGAUGUGGCGUCUUUUCUGCUGCGACUGGUGCGGGGGCUGCAGGGUCAGACCUGGGCCUCUGACUGGGUUGAAGGGCUACGGGAGGCCGACAGACGCAAGGAGCAGGUCAACCGGGAAAAGGCAGCGGUGUCGCCAGCCCAGCACCUGAACCCACUCAAGGUGCUGGGGCUGGUGGAGGAGGCGCUGCCCGCUGACUCAGUGCUGGUGGCCGACGGCGGUGACUUUGUGGGCAGUGCCGCGUACAUAGUGCGGCCCCGCGGGCCCCUAUGCUGGCUUGACCCUGGUGCUUUUGGGACUCUGGGUGUCGGGGGGGGCUUUGCACUUGGAGCCAAACUGUGCCGACCAGAUGCAGAGGUCUGGGUCCUGUUUGGAGAUGGGGCCUUGGGCUACAGCCUCAUAGAGUUUGAUACCUUUGUCCGUCAUAAGACGCCCAUCAUCGCCCUGGUGGGGAAUGAUGCCUGCUGGACCCAGAUCUCCCGGGAACAGGUGCCCAUGCUGGGCAGCAACGUGGCCUGUCGGCUGGCUUACACCGAUUAUCACGCAGCGGUGGAGGGACUGGGGGCCCAUGGAUUCCUGCUGUCCAGGGAGAAUGAGGAGAAAGCCGCAGAGGUGCUCCGAGCUGCCCAGGAGCAGUGCCACCAGGGCCGGCCCACCCUCAUCAAUGUUCUCAUCGGCAAGUCGGAUUUCCGUGAAGGCUCCAUCUCCAUCUAGUCGGGAUGGCCCCGCCCUGUGCCCCCUCCCCGGCCCGACGCAGCUUCGUGUCCGUCCGUCGUCCCCCCUCCCC